CCCAUUCCAUUCUAUCGGUUCCCAUUUUUUUGUCCCAUUUCGCCUGUGAGGCGUGUGUGCAGCAUUUCUAGUGUUUUUAUGGCGGUAGGUAUAAUUCAAGAAGGCGUUACAAAGAGUGUAUUUGUUGCUUUAGUGCGUCAGGCGGUAAGCCAGGGUGGUUCUUUUGACGUUAGCCGAAAAUUACUCGCAACGGGCUAUACGACUGACAGUGGUGUGAAGACGAAUGUCGCUGCUUUUCGAGAGAGUGACUUUUACGAAAGAGUCUUUUCAAGGAUAGCUUCGAAGCGUGCUGACUUUUGGAAAGACGUUUCGGUCACGUUGGUAGUCUCUACGGUUGACACCGAGUCUGACAAGGUUAUUUCAGUGUGGAACGCUUUUGUCACAAAGGAUCGUCAAUUGUUUGUGGAAGCGCCAGAAGUGCUCACGUCUCCUUCGAAGGACACUCUUAUCUGCCUCCUAGAACUCGCUGAGGAACUUGGUUGUUUGCAAGCUUUUGUUUGCGUAAAUAAGGAGUACAAGCACUUUAGGGAGCUCGUGAGGACCUUUACCUAUAUGGGAUUCGCGCUAGUAAGUCCGAGAGAACAGACAAAAUUGGUGAGUUGGCGUUGUGAUGUGAGUGACUAUGCCAUUUUAGGCUAUAGCCUUGAAUAAGCAGCGUGUUUCGUUGCCUGUCAGUCGAAGUAUUGGAGUAGUUUUCGGCUUGUAAAAGAGUUCCAGUGUACGUUCAUGUGACGUGUUGAGCGUUUCUUGAUUCGUGCAGUGGCCUCCCUUGUUUGCUUACUAGAGAGUUUCGCCUGCUAUGGGGGUUGAACAAGCUGUGCCCGUGGCUUGCCUUGUAGUAGUCGAGGUUUUUAGUCGUUGGCAAAUUUUCUGUGGGAGACUUGACUGAAAUCUGGGACUGACAACUCUGAUGGAAACCAAAGCACUGCUAGAGUGCUCGGUUUCUGUCGUCUCGUGUGUCUACUUUUCUUGUUUUGCACGAGAUCGCAGGAUCUGUGGGGGUUCGACCCGGUGGGAGAGAUUUCAGCUUCUUCUUACAAAAAUAUUUUGCCAACUUCGUUGGUUUUUUCUUGCAUGAAAAAUAAAUAGUAUUGAUUUUUUACAAGUCUCCUGAUUUUAUAUAUUUGAUGGGGUUGAUAAAAAAUUUAUUAUUGAA